CGGGCCCCGGCGCGCAUGCGUGGUGGGACCCACACCGCCCUUCCCGCCGCGCGCGUUAGCGAGCAGCCGGACGCCGCGGCCGCGCUCUCCAUGCCAGCCCGAUGCAGGCCGUCCCCAUCAAACCCGCGUUCGAGUGCCCCACAUGGGGGGGGAAGCCUCCACCAGGACUGCACUUGGAUGUUGUAAAAGGAGACAAGCUCGUAGAGAAACUCAUCAUUGAUGAGAAGAAAUACUACCUCUUUGGAAGGAACCCUGACAUAUGUGAUUUUACCAUUGAUCAUCAGUCAUGUUCAAGAAUCCACGCUGCAUUAGUCUAUCACAAACAUUUAAAGAGAGUUUUCAUCAUAGACCUGAAUAGUACUCAUGGAACGUACUUGGGACACCUACGUUUAGAGGGACACAAACCACAGCAAGUUCCCAUAGACUCUACGCUAUCAUUUGGAGCAUCAACACGAGCUUACACAUUACGAGAAAAACCACAGACAAUGCCCUCCACAAUAAAGGGUGAUGAAAAUGCUGCAGAAGAUGAUGAACUGAAGGGUUUGUUGGGUUUGCCCGAAGAGGAAACAGAACUUGAUAAUCUAACAGAAUUUAAUACAGCCCAUAACAAAAGAAUAUCAACACUGACGAUUGAAGAGGGAAAUUUGGAAAUGCAGAGGCCGAAACGUAAAAGGAAGAGCUACAGGGUGUCAUUCAGUGAUGAUGAAGAGAUAAUAAAUCCAGAGGAUAUUGAUCCUUCAGUUGGUCGCUUCAGAAAUAUGGUUCAAACAGCUGUGGUUCCACUCAAGAAAAAGAAGACGGAAAGCCCCAGUCCACUGGGUCUGGAGGAUGGAGUUGCUCGGCGUAUGCAGAAUUUCCCGUUCAAUGCUGGUUUAUAUGGUGGCCUCCCUCCAACUAGUGGUGAUUCUGCUUCUCAGCUACACGGCAAUACAAUGGGAACCGCUAUGAUAGGAGGACUGCCUAUGCCAUUCCCAAAUCCUGCUCCCGAAGUAGACUUGGCACCGGCUGUGGUUCCGGCAACCAUGACUAUAAACCCCGUUACCAAUCCAGGCGUGUUCAAUGCAGAAUCUAUUAAUGAACCGAAGAAAAAGAAAUAUGCCAAGGAAGCCUGGCCUGGCAAGAAGCCUACUCCAUCACUGCUUAUUUGAUCAUCUGUUCCUUUUUUUAUAAUAAAGUCACCUAGGAUUCAAGGACCAAGAGGGGCUUUCUUUUAAUUCUGUUAAUAUGCCUAAAAUUUUUAUGAGCUUUGUACAGAUGUUUGUACAGUUGUGUAAUAGGUUCAGCCUUUCCAACAUAUACUGUUACUGCUUUUUACUUCUAACCUGUAUUUCAGUGUAAAGUACAUUUGGCAUUGCCAUUUUGUUAGACUAAAGUCACAUAAACUAUUUUUCUGCUGU